GGAUCCUGGAAACCAGCCUGAACUUUUGCUCCCUUGGCUUUGGAUGUUUCUUGGGCUUAGCUGAACAAAAAUCACCUUUCCCUAAGCCGAGCCGUGCUCAGCCUGUUGCUCCCUACGAGGCAGCACUCAAGUGUUUGAUUUUCAGAAUUAUUCAAGUGGUUAUGGUUAGAAACGUGACUGAGGAGAGGGUACAUGAUGUACCACGCCUCUCAGCCGAUAACUCCUCACGGGGUUUCCUGAGUCAUUUGUUGAGUUUACCGAGAAAAACACUUUUUGUACCUCUGUCAGCAGCACUGCAGGGCUGGGACUGGGUGAGGCCAGGGCCGGCAGCCCCAGCCCGGCUCUCUGCCCAUAAUGAGCUGCACUAAUCAAGAGGGGGAAAAGCAGAAGAGCAAAUCUGAUUGUCUGGGUUGGGAGAGGGCGUUUCCAUCACAAAGAGAGAAGGGUGUCAGUGAGGAGCUCAUGGAAAGACUGACGUUGGCAUGGGUGGCAUCUCUCGGGUGCUGGUGUCAGCCCCUGGGUUCAAGAGGAUCGUGACAGAUCAGCACUUGCUCAAACGAGAUUUUGGCUCUGGAUUGCUUGGCAAUGAAACUUUGAUUUUUAAGGUGCUGAGAACUACUCCCUGCAGCCCACCUUCCCAUUAACUCCCAGCUAUGAUAAGGGUAGGGCUGGCUCAGAAUUUACCCCACUGCAAGUGUGUAAGAAAUUACUCCAGUGCAUAAAACCCAAGUGGAAACAUUUUCCUCUGCCUGUGGAACAAUAAUUACAGUUCUUUGACAGGGGUUUUGAUGAGCAACAGUAUUACAAGGAGAGGUUUUACAUCCCUCUUGUUUCAUGUGGCCAAGUUGGAAAUUACACAUCUUUUCCUGGAGGAUAUGAGGAAUUGUUCCUGAGUUCAGAUAUUGUUGCUGGAUGUUGUUAUUAAGGCUUAAUUUUCCCCUUUAUUAAAAUUUCUGGGAGCAUUUCUAUCACUCACGUUCUCUGUGUACAAACCAUUAUCACCCUCAUAUCUGAAACGAUGGUUUACCUAAAGCUGCUGUGAAAUAUGAGUGAUGACAAAGAAUGAUAAACCAAGGCUGGGCUGUAGAGUGCUAUCAGAACUUCUUAUUGCAUGAAACUGCAUUGAAAUGCACUAUUGAAACUGGUGCCUUAUCACUCUGAAACACUUUACUGGAAACCUAAUGUUCAGCAUGUUGUGGGAUCAGUCCUUGACAGCAGAUCCUUGAGGUCAGAACAGUUUGAUCAUACACUUUUAGGGAUUUUUUUUUUUUAGAAUAAAACCAAACCUAUUUGAAAUGAAUUAAGUUGGGUCAGGGCUGGAUCAGGCAGCAGGAGUGCAGUAACUCCACAUGAGUGGGGUGCACAGGGAUGACUCCCCUGCGCCGCGUUGGAGCAGGGCUGGGAGCUGCUGCUGGGUUUCCCAACACAACCGGUGAUGAAGUGUCUCGUCUCCUGUCACGCUCCCGGGCUCUCCAGGAUUGUCUGCUCUGUUAGUCACUCCAUUUGGCCGCAGCAGUUUCGUGCAUUUGGCCGCUGUGGGGAUGUUUCGUUGCCACAGCAGCGGUGCCAGCUCUGCGCGGUGACAGCGGGGUGAGCCUCAAUAUCCGUCCCGGCAGCCCCGGAGCUGCCGGGAGCCGGCAGAGGAUGCUCCGAGGGUUAUUUUCCAGCUGCACUGGGGACAUUCCCUUCGACCCCGCAAGCCCCUUUUGUGCCUUUCUGAGUCGCACCGCAGCAGAUGCGGGAUGGGCAGGGGCUGUGCCGCUCACCCCGCACUCCGCAGAGAUGAUUUCUGAGAUAAGCUAAUGGUACACGGGGCUUAGUUUUAAUUCCCGAGCGCGGUGGCAGCUGGCUCACAACCCUCUCUGCUGCCUUUGCUUGUUCUUCGGGUUGUAACUACUUUUAGUGUGCCCUGUCAUAACGUGCCUGCCAUAAAAUCCCGAGGGAGGAGCCCUCCCCCAUUAGCCGGGGGUUGCCUGGAAGUGUUCCUGGGGACAGGACCACUUUCCUGCUCCCUUCCCAGCGCUGCAGUACCCGAAAAGUUUAACUGUUCUGAGAGUGCCUGGGGGAGUCUCUUCCCAUUUUACUGCCUGAGCUCAUCCGCAGCGUCACAGGGCUGAGUUUCAGAAAUCCCUAUUUCUCUUUUUCCUCUUCCUUCCCAGAGCAAAUGAGAAAUGGUUGUUUCAUUGUUUCACUGAGGAUAUUUUCAUAUUGCUGUAGUUGGCAGGCUGGGUGUGCACCAGGCUCCUGGGAAUGCUGCUGCUGCUGCCACUUCCUCUGCUCCAAGCAAAACUUUUGCUGCAAUUACAGGCAGCAGCUGGGAACUGGGGGAGGAAGGCAGGGAUUAACAGCCUUGUGCUUUCACAGAUUCCCUCCAACACCUCAGCAAGGGCAAAUGCAACCUGCUGCAGAUUUGGACCUGCCCUUUGGAUGAUUUACAGGGCGAAGGCGCAGCGGGAGGGAGGCACGUUGGGUGCAUUUGGGGCAGUUUCAGCAACGCUCUGUGCAAUACUGUGACUAGCCUGGGCAUAAAAUCCAUUUGCCUAGUCUUCCCUGGUGAAAGAUAUAUGCUUGGUUAUCAAUAAAUUAGUCACCCAGCAAAACUGUACAGAACAGCCCUGGCCCACAGGCAGUGGCACAAGAUACACCUGCAUUGCAAGAGGUGCACGCUGGGGCUGCUGCUCUCAGUGGGAACCUUCUCUGGAGGUUGGCUGUGGGAUUAAAGAGGUGAUUUUACCACCCUCAUGUUCUCUAAGUCCACCUGACCAUCCUUCCUGGGCACAGAUAGUCCAAGAAAUUUUUUUUAACUGCUCCUUUUUGUUUGUAGAAUGAGCUUGGCUCUCUCCAGAGGGGUUACAGGAACGACCAAACCAGCCUCGGAGCCAACAGCCUGGUGAACCAGCCUGGGGUUUGCACCAGUAGUGCCACUUUCAUGUGACAACAUGCCCCAGCUGGCAAACCCUGGCUCCCUGGGGGCAGCCUGGAUCUGAAAUGUUGGUGGGAGAACGUGUCUGCUCUGCUGGAGGACCUCGCCUGCAUCAGUUUUGCUCAGCAGCGAAAUCUUGGGGUGGGAUAAUCAUGAGCUUGUUGUUUUGCUGCUGUGCUGGUGGACUUUGAGAAGCUGGAGUGAAAUUUCUGUCCCUCUGUAGGGUUGACACCUUUGGACUGUGCAUAAUGAUCACCAAAGUCACCUGUGACCCUGGAAACCAAGAGACUUCUUCUGCCACCAAGGUGGGAGCUGUGCCAUCCAAAAUCCCUGACCUUGUGUACCUGUGCUCCAGGGACACACGGUGCAGAUAAGUGUCCACUCGCCUGAGAAGCAAGCCUGGAAGCAGAAUUCCCUGAGCCUGGCAUGGGAAGGCCAGGAUAAUGAUGGAGAAAGGUCUGGGCAACUUCCUGAAUCACAGCUUUUCUACCAGAGCACCUUGUCCAGUGCCAGAAGCCCUGGGGUGUUCGGACCAUGGGGUGAUGCCACUCGACUUCCCACAUCCCAAGACCUCUGUGACAAGCCAGGAAGGAGCCCUCUCCAGGAGGCACUUGGCUCCAUGCUGGGGGAACCCCCGAGCUUGGCAUUUUAGGGCUGCAAUGCCCGUGAUGGUCCCUCCUUUUGGUCACAUCCUUCUUCCCGAAUGAAAAAUGACGCAGCAAUGCCAAGAUUUCCCGCCUCCGUAGGUGAGGGAAACACCUGUGGGGGAGAGAGAGCUGGGCCCUUUCCCCUGCUCAUUAAUUCAGUAAAUUACAAAGGGAAAUACAUGCCGGGAAAAGCAAGAAAAAUCCCAAAAGUUAAUCCAGGAGUUAUUUCCUCCUGGUACCGGGAUAAAAACGUGUUCUUCGGAGCUCUCCAGGUCAGACAUCGUCGAGACAGGUGAACCCACGCCAAAGAACAAGGUCUCCCAAGCAGCUGAAAUGAAGGGAUCCCACUUGUUCCUCUGCCUCUUCUCCACGUGCUGCUGGGUGGAUUUGAUGCCCACAGCCGGGAACAAAAUCCUGCACUUUGGAGCCUGCAGGGUUUCCAUGAGCAUGACCGAGAUCAGGGCUGGUUUCACAGCAAUUAAAGCCAAUAUUCAAGCAAGAGACCCCAUCCGGACCCUGAGCAUCUUGUCCCAUCCUCACUCCCUGCACAAGGUUAACUCUUCAGACAGGUGCUGCAUCACCCAUCACCUCUUCAACUUCUACGUGGACAAAGUUUUCAAGCACUGCAAGACCGAGGAUUCGUUUGUGAACCGAAAAAUCAGCAGCAUCGCCAACUCCUUCCUCAGCAUGAAGAGGAAACUGGAGCAGUGUCAUGAGCAAAAUCAGUGCUUGUGUGGGCAGGAAUCCACUGAGAAAUUUAAUCAAAUACUUGCAAACUAUGAAGGGCUGAAUGUCACAAAUGCAGCAAUGAAAUCCCUGGGUGAGCUGGACAUCCUGUUAGACUGGAUGGAGAAAUCUCCUUAGGGAGCAGGAGGCAUCAACGACCCACCACGGCUGGGGCUGACGGAGCUGCUGGGACCUUGCACACCCCAGUGAUGAGAGGGACAAAAAUGCCCUGUAUCAGUGCAGCUCCUCACUGAUGCCAGCUGGGUUCAGUCAGAGUGCUUUGCUAGCCAGGCACAUCAGUGAAGGCACCAACAGAGUCUUCAUUAAGAUGGAAAUAACGAGUUUGAUUAAAUCAGCGCUGCCCUUGCUUAGCUGGCUUCUAUCAAAGGAUGCUCCAAGGGAAAAAGCUCAAAGGGUUUCUCUUGCUAGCAGACAUAAGCUGUG